GAAUGCCGCCCUAUCCCCGGGGAAUGUGCUGAGUAGCACCCGCCCGGGUGGUUUUAGGCGCGGAACUCGGGCGGCACGGGGCGUGUUCCCAGCCGGGGCGAGCGGCCGAGCAGCGCCGGGCUCCUUAGAUACCGACGGGAGCCUUGGAAACGGACGGGAGCCGGGAGGGAGUGGCGGCUGCGAGAAGAGGAGGAAGAGGAGGAGGAGGAGGAGGAUGCUGAGCCCUGAGCGGCUCUCGGUACCGGGGCCCGAGUACUUGGCUCAAAGACAUGUCCUCACAUACAUGGAAGAUGCAGUGAGCCAGCUGCUGGAGAACAGAGAAGAUAUUAGUCAGUAUGGCAUUGCCAGGUUCUUCACUGAAUAUUUUAACAGCGUCCGUCAAGGAACUCACAUCUUGUUCCGGGAGUUCAGCUUUGUUCAAGCUACACCUCACAACAGAUCAUCUUUCCUUCGGACCUUCUGGAGGUGUUUCCGAACAGUGGGAAAAAAUGGAGAUCUGCUGACAGCACAGGAAUACCACUGCCUGCUGCAGCUGCUCUGCCCUGACUUCCCAAUGGAACUGACUCAGAAGGCAGCAAGGAUUGUGCUGAUGGAUGAUGCUAUGGAUUGCCUGAUGUCUUUUUCUGAUUUCCUCUUUGCUUUCCAGAUCCAGUUCUACUACUCAGAGUUCCUGGAAAGUGUGGCAGCCAUUUAUCAAGAUCUCCUGGCUGGGAAGAACCCAAACACUGUGAUUGUGCCAACAUCAUCCUCUGGGCAACAUCGGCAGCGGCAGCCCCCAAAUGACUGCAGCCCACCUGAGGGGGUAGAGGCAUCUCUUUUCUACCAGUGCCUGGAAUCCUUGUGUGACAGAUCAAAAUACAGCUGUCCACCUUCUGCCCUUGUGAAGGAAAUGUUGAGUAGUGCACAGAGGUUGACCUUUUAUGGAUUCCUUAUGGCACUUGCAAAGGAUCAGAGGAUCAAUAGAGCCCUAGGGGCUUUGCCAGAUAAAGGAGACUUGUUUCUGGACCCUGCCAUGGAUCAGGAACUUGAGAAAUUGGUAGCCCAAGUUUCAGGGCUUUCUCUCUCCGGUCCCACCAGCUCCAGUGGGGACACCCCUGCCCGAAACUCACCCAGGAUUAACUCUCCCUGGAAACCUCUCCACCAAAGACGAAAAAUGGAUGCUGAGAGUGAAGGCUCCAAUGAAGAGACAGAUUCCUCUGAAAACUGAAGGUUGUGAGAAGUUUUUUUGGAAAAAAGGAACCCCCUGGAGGAACAGCACCUCCUCCCCAGAGCAUCUGACAGUGGGGUCUGCCCACGUCACCCGUGUGUCUGUGAGUGUGUCUCUGCCAGUCUCCACUACCAAGCCCACCCAUCUCUCUCUUCCCAGGAAGAACUCUUGUUUUUUUCCAAAUUCUCCCAAGAAGAGCUGCUCUGCAGAAGCUUUUUCCAGCCGCGGUUAUGCUACCCUCUGCUGGCAGCCAGGACAAACCAGCAGACACUCUGCCUCCUCUUGGAACUCGCAGUUCAGAAGGUGCUGGAGCACUGGGAGUGCUGGUGCAGGCUGCUUACCGGGGGUUUGUUCAGUAGCAGCGUUCAGCCUUGGCUUAGAGUUCACCAGCAGCAGCUCUGCACUUGUGCUCCAUUGUAAUUAUUCCCAGUAAAGCUGCCCUGGCAUAUGAUCCAAGGUAGAGAAAUUCCCAGGAAAGGAAGGCUCUGGUGGUGCCAUGCCACCUGGCUCUGCUUCCUCUUCUGUGUGUCCAAGACUUGCCAAAACAAAUACAGCAAAGAGCUGAGUUGCAGUGAGUACUGGAUGGUGCCCUCUGGUUCCUCUGCUGUGCUGAGGUUAAGGUUAGGCCUCUCCACAUUGAGUGGAAUUUUCCACAUUUGUGGAAAAGCAAACUUUAGAGGUGUUGGAUGAGAGUCUUUAAAAUCCUUGGUCACAGGUGACCUGGCUUGCAAGCCUGCAGAGCAUCCAUAGGGGUUGGGUGGGCAGAAGCACCAGGGGACAAUGAAGUUCCUUCUUUUUCUUUCUGUAAAUAAUUGGCAUUCUUGGUAGCACCGUGGUGUUGCCCUUACCGCUACUGAAAGCAUCUGAUGGGGUUUGUGGUACCCAACUGGACACAUUGGGCUGAAUGCAGUGUCUAACCCUAACCCAGGCCCUGUGCCUCAGCUCCAGGGGCUGCCUCCUGCCUGGGGACUUUCCCCGUUUUUCUGGGUUUGUUGGGAGCCUCCUGUUCAUGGAGUUCUGCGGCGCGUGCUGCCGGGAACUGCUAACCCGGAGCUCCUGGGUGGAUUCAACACACACCGGGGCUGCUUUAAGAGUUAAUCCCCAAACUGCUGCCGAAUCCGUGCCGCAGCCCCACCUGUGGAGGUGGUGGAGCGGGUUGGUUAUUUAUUUAUUUAUUUAUUUCUCAGUUAUUUUAUUCAUAAACGCACUCGC